ACCGAAACGCUCACUCCCCGGUUGGUACUCAAUCCGGAAGGUUGCGGCUGGUUGGGCGUUGGUGCGCAGGUGUAGCCCGUGGCCGUCUGCUUUUUCGUCCGCCAACGAUAUCGGCAAAUUUCUCGGCCGACAUGUCUCCGAGGGUCGCUGUGGUAACCGGAAGCAACAAGGGCAUUGGACUCAGCAUCGUUAAAUUCCUCUGCCAACAGUUUGAUGGAGAUGUCUACCUCACAGCCAGGGACGAGAAGCGAGGCAAGGCGGCCGUAAAGGAGCUGGAGCAGAUGCUGCUCCACCCCAAAUUCCACCAGCUGGACAUCGACGACCCGGGAAGUGUCCUGAAGCUCCGAGACCACCUGAAAGACACCUACGGGGGCCUCGACGUACUCGUCAACAACGCAGGCAUCGCUUACAAGCGAAGUGCCACGGAACCCUUCGCGGAACAGGCGGAGGUCACUGUCAAGACAAACUUCUUCUCGACACUCAACGUGUGCAAGGAGCUGUUCCCGCUGCUGCGCCCUCACGCCAG